CAUGUUUACUACAGCACUUGAUGGUAUACCAGAGCUCCAACAUUCGGUCAUUAUUACAGCAUUAAGAAGGACUUCUGGAAUAGACUGGAUAUAAUAGGAUCUCCGUUCAAAAUGAGGUUCUUCUGUGUUCUCUGGCUCUGGAUGUUUCUGACAGAAUUUCAUUCGACUGCUGGUGAAAUUUCUUGGCAAGGAUCCAGUAAAGGGAACAUCACGAUUACAUGUUCCUACAGCUGGGCUUCAACCAACAUAAAGUAUUUCUGCAGAGAUCCGUGUAAAGACAGAGAUAUAUUAGUGAAGUCUGCACAGACACCUAAAGGGAGAUACACACUGAAGGAUUACGGCGAUGGAAACUUUGUCGUAAGCAUCAUUGAUCUACAGGAGACAGACUCUGGCAUCUACUGGUGUGGAGUGGAAAGAUUGGGGCCAAAUGCAUUUAAGAAAGUCAAACUUAUUGUAUCUAAAGCCAACACUGGAAGCAUGGAAGAAGUGACACGUCACAGGAUGAUGGAAACACAAACAAGCACCGAAGUGCACUCGACUAAACCAAGACACUCAGUUUUUAUAUCUUCAACCUCUAAAGACAGUGCACUCCCACUGACAGGUGCUGAACACAACAAAUCAUCUUCAGCUGCCAAUAUAUUCCCAGUGCCUUUAUAUUAUAUUCCAUACGCUGCUGCUGGUCUGGUCAUCGUGGUCAUCAUGUGUGCCGUUGGACUGAUAACUGUUUGUCAGUGCAGAAAGAGAGUCAAGAAGACAAGACGAGUUAUUGACACAUCUAUAUACAAUUCCCAUCACAUCGAAGAGAACACUCCUGAUGACAGACCCUAUGCCACCAUAAAGAAAUCCAGUACCAUGUCGAAUGACAAGAGCCAAUCAGAACCAAUCUACCAGAACCUACUGUUCAACACUACCCAGGGGGAUCCUAUAUAUGGAAAUCUAUAA